AUGUACACACUCGGUGGAAACGUUACUUCAGAACCUACCGGAGGACUAUUCAAUUUCAACUACAAUCCAAAAAAUUCAAGGAUUGCGAGUCAAGAUGAGGAAGAGUACAAAAGGGUUACGAUUUGGAGUGAUGGUACUAUUCUCAGUGUGAAAAAAAAUGAGGGUGAUCUAGAUCAAGUUGGAGGUGGUCAAAGAUUUGAGCUCAUUGUAGGCCACAAGGUUAACAUGCAGGCUCACGGUGAAAUACUGAAGGCAAAAUACCUCUUGGACAACAAUUACAUCAAGAUUCCAGUGGGAACCAAACUCAGAGAAGGAGACCGGGUAAAUUUUUAUGGAGUACUUGAAGGAAUUGAUGGAUUUUUGGGUAUUUUAAUUGUUCAAGUGACCGAGGGAAGAUACUACAGCAUAAUCAAAGAUUAG